AUGGCCAUCACGUCCAUCGACGCGUCCGAUGUGAACAAGAUCACGUCAGGACAGGUGAUUAUAGAACUUCAAUCAGUCGUGAAAGAAUUGGUGGAUAACGCUUUGGACGCCGGAAGCACUCAGUUAGAAGUCAUCUUUGACAACUAUGGAUUAAAGGGAGUGGAUGUGAUUGAUAAUGGUAAGGGCAUCAACGACACGGACUACGACGCGCUUUGCUUAAAACAUCACACGUCUAAACUAACAAGUUUUGAGGAUCUCGAAUCUGUAACAACUUUGGGAUUUCGAGGUGAGGCAUUGGCAUCUUUGUGUGCCGUGGCCAAAGUCAGGAUCAUUACUUGCACAGAAUCAACGUAUCCCAAAGCAGCUCAACUAGAGUAUGAUAGCAUGGGCAACUUGCGCUCACACAAAUCAAUUGUUUCUGGCAAGAAGGGCACGUCUGUGAUUGUCCGGGACAUAUUCCACGAUUUGCCCGUAAGACAGAAGUAUUUCACCAAAAAUGCCAAGCGGGAAUACUCCAAAGCUCUAUCACUACUUGUUGGAUACCUUUUGAUGUACACUGAUGUACGAUUCGCCGUUUAUUUAAUUAGCGGUAAUACAGGGAAAAAGUCUAUGGUGAUGGGAACACAGGGACGAGGAACCUCGAUAUUCGAUACAUUGGUGAGCGUUUAUGGGAGCAAUGGUGCACACGGCCUAGUGCCAAUCUCCAUCGCAACAGAAGAUAUCGAGGCAAGAUUCAAACUAGGCAUGAAGAAUAUUCCCGUUUCUUUAAGGCUCCGUGUUACGGGUCUUAUCCUGGACUAUUCAUUCGGUAUGGGAAGGGGGGCUCUGGAUAGACAGUUUUUGUAUGUCAAUAAGCGUCCCGUUGUUCACAAAAAAUUCUCCAAAAUAAUCAAUGAAGUAUAUAAGGUCUUCAAUCAUACUCAAUCGCCCGUUUUUGUUCUCAAUAUAGAGCUUGAUGAGGGCUUUGUCGAUGUUAACAUUACCCCCGAUAAGAGAAGUGUCAUGGUUCAAAACGAGGAUGUGCUUGGUGAGGUGCUUCGAGAGGAGCUCACAAAGUUUUACGAAAGCAUGCACAAUGUCGUACCCAAAAGUCAACUUGGAGUAGUGAAAUUGGGCUCGACACAAGCGACUUUGUCCACCGCUGUGAAGAGAAAUUUUUCGAAGAAUGAUGAUGAGAGUAGUAUUAAACAGAACUCCAAGAGACACCAAGCCGUGCUUACAGCUAAUUCAGAUUCCAACGAAUCCCUGAAGGAGGCUUACUUUAGCGAUUCAUCCGAUGGUGGCAAACUCCACAGAGAAAGCCCCUCACAAAUGGACAAGAUUAUCGGUAGUAACAAGCAAGACGAGAGCUUUGAAGAAAGUCUCAUUCGUGAUACUGCUCCAGGUGCUAUCAGUCAAGAGAAUGAGAGCGGAUCUGGGGAUGAAGACAGCGAUGAUAUGAAGGACACGAGAUUAGGUGAUGUUGAGUCACAAGAUAACUCCUCGACUAAUUGCUCACCGGAAAGGCAGCAAAUUGAGAUCAGUGAGGAGCAUGAAAGUUGCGAGGAUCACGAAGAUCUAAAUCAAAACGAAGUAACUGACUUUUUGUUGACAGAGGAGGCGCAACUAUUUGUCGAGCAAGAGAAAGAGGUGGAUCUGCAAGAAUCGAACAUAACUCAAUAUGGAAGAACCGCAAUUGUUACACAAGAUCCAGAUACAGACAAAAAUGAAGAUCAAAGGGAGCAUAAUAACUAUACCUGCAAAGACUGUCGUCACCAUGAUAAGGAACUAUUAGGGGACGCAGAUGACCCCGAUCAGGAGAAUUGCACAGAUACUGGUCCCAUUCUAGGUCCGGCCGAUCGACAGCUCACCAAGCCGUCUUCGAAGAAAUUCUCUCCUGAGUCUGUAUCUGGCAUGCAGAAAGUGUUAAAAAUGGAUCUUGAGGAUUUAAAAUUUGUGGAUUCUUGUUUGCUUAAAGAUAACACAGCUUCAAAAAUUCCGAAGCAACCCAAGACCACAUUAGUCAACGUGCAUGAUGUAAGGGAGAAGCUUGUUAUUCAAAAACUGGACUUUUCCAUGAUGGAGGUAAUUGGUCAGUUCAACCUUGGCUUCAUCGUUGUGAAGCACGACGACAGACUAUUCAUUGUAGAUCAGCAUGCUUCAGACGAGAUAUUUAACUACGAGAGGCUUCACAAACUGCUUCUGUUGAGAGCACAGCCACUAGUGAUUCCUCGAGUGCUUGAGUUGUCCCCUAUCGAUGAGAUACUUGUGCUAGAUCAACAAGAUCAGCUACGAAAAAACGGAUUCAUAGUGAAGGAAGCUGCGGACCCUCACCCAGGUAAAAGGGUCGAACUUGUUGCUUUGCCAGUGCUGAAGAACGUGGUUUUCGAUGAGAGCGACCUCCAUGAAUUGGUGCAACGUCUACAUGAGACCGGCCCGUCUCAGGGCUCAAUUGUCCGCUGCAAAAAAGUCGAUCUGAUGAUCGCCCUGCGAGCUUGUCGACUGAGUAUAAUGGUUGGUCAGACUCUCAACAAAGGUACCAUGAACACUGUUGUUUCACAUCUUGCUGAGCUUGAGAGACCAUGGAAUUGCCCCCAUGGUAGACCUACAAUGAGGCACUUGGCAGACCUCGAGGGCCUAGGGUUCGCCGAAGAUUAUGAGCUAUAG